AUGAACAGUGAAACCAACAAUAUUCGUUCUUUUAAUACCGCCUCGUAUAAUAUAUUCAGCACGCCCNUCCUUAGUUCAUCAAUCCCCACAUGGAGCUCCGUGAUGGUCCUGUUCUCCUACUUGGGCUACUUGGCAUUGGCGGGGUCUAUUCUCCCCGGCAAGAUCGUCCCUGGUGCCGUGCUCUCUGAUGGCACUCGCCUCCAUUAUAGAUGCAAUGGAUUAUUAUCACUUCUCGUCUUGUUGGCACUUCUAGGGGUCGGUGUUCAAAUGAAGUUGAUCUCUCCUACGGUCAUAGCAGACAAAGGACUUGAGCUUCUAUCAGUUACUUUCAUAUUCAGCAUCCUGGUAUCUCUGGUGCUUUAUGUUGCUGGUUGCAAGUCUAAUGACAAAAGUUCCUCCUUCAAACCUCAUGUGACAGGGAACAUGCUUGAUGAUUGGUGGUUGGGAGUACAGCUGAAUCCUCGAUUUAUGGGAAUAGACCUCAAAUUCUUUUUUGUCAGAGCUGGAAUGAUGGCAUGGUUAUUCAUCAAUCUCUCUUUAUUCGCGAAGCUCUAUCAAGCCGGCAAUGCAAACCUUUCAGUCAUUCUUUACCAGCUCUUUUGUGGGCUGUACGUUAUAGAUUACUUCUUCUAUGAAGAGUUCAUGACCUCCACGUGGGACAUUAUAGCUGAGAGGCUGGGCUUCAUGCUGGUUUUCGGGGAUCUGGUUUUUAUUCCUUUCACGUUUACAAUUCAGGGUUGGUGGCUUCUGAAACAUAAAGUUGAAAUAUCAAAAUUAGCUGCUGCAGUUAGUUGCCUGGUUUUCUUCAUCGGCUAUCAAGUAUUCCGUGGAGCCAACAAACAAAAGCAUGUAUUCAAAAAAAAUCCUAAAGCUCACAUAUGGGGCAAGCCUCCAAAAGUCAUUGGAGGAAAGCUACUUGCUUCUGGUUACUGGGGAAUUGCAAGGCACUGUAAUUAUCUUGGAGAUUUGCUCUUAGCACUCUCAUUCAGUUUGCCUUGUGGAACAAGUUCUGUGAUCCCCUACUUCUAUCCUAUAUAUCUUCUUAUACUUCUUAUAUGGAGGGAGAGAAGAGACGACACAAGGUGCUCUGAGAAGUACAAAGAGAUAUGGGAAGAAUAUUGCAAGCUUGUUCCUUGGAGAAUACUUCCAUUUGUUUACUAAAAGAGAGGAUUUCUUUUUCCUCCCAAAUUUGUAUUGUGUUGUACCCAGCAAAUGGAUAGAUGAGGCACUUUAACAUUUCCUAUAUUUAGAGUGGAAAAAUAAAAGGAUGGUUAAAUUUUGAUUUGGUGCUUGCCUAUGCGAUAGGACUCUCUGUAUUCGGAAAAAUGUUUAAUUGAUGAUAUGAAGGCCUAUGUUUGUCUGAG